CUAUUAGACAUGCAUGAUGAAUGUGAAGGAGCAUGAGUACAAGGUGCAGCUAAAGGAGAAUGCGAAUAUGUCGGUUGUUGGCGGUCGAGACACCAUUGGCAUUUCAGGGGCUCAUGCAUGGUGUAUUGAAUGGACGUGCUGGUUCGUCUUCACAUCUGAGAGAGCGUCGACUACCUUUGUUUCAAGAUAUUACGUUCUGGAGUACAGACAGGUGAUGCAAGUUGGAGAGCUUUCAGUAUCCAACUCAUCGUACAUGGGAACAGUAACGAUCUUUUCUCGGACUUUGCAGUGUUUGCAAACGUUCACGCCUUGUUUGUCGGACAUGGCAAUUUCGUUGAGUCAUCUGCAUCUUUAUUAACUCAUCCAAAUGUUGAUGACAGAGCACUAGCAUUCGUUUAUACAAAUCGUUUGUUUGAGUGGGACGGGUCUAGCUGAUGUUGGAUGUCCGGCAAAUUUUGCUUCACAAUGAGAAGGUGUACUCGACUAUCAACAGAAAAGCUUUACAAAUUUCUAUGGUCAGUGUGAAAAUUCCGUGCGUUCUUGUGUGGGAAAUGAUUUGUGAAAAGAACCGAUUGUGUAUCGGUUAGACCACGACAGGAUCCGACGUUUAAUCAUUAAAAUGGUCACUCAAACUGCGAUGCGGGGAUCUGAGUGGUAUAAUUCUUUAACCGAUGGCUAACAAUCAUUCAAAGAGCCCUAUCACCUAACAUGUUUAAAACACAUUUUCAAACCAUCUAAAUGUGCAUGUAGGAGUGUAGAUGUUGCUAAAUGUGACUUUGUCAAAGGGAAGAUAACAUUUCUUGUGAUGGCAUAUUUCACAUGAAGUGGAGUUACCUGUGUUUAUUAUACAAGGAUUCAUUCAGUUGAGACAGCUUACCAUAGGGUCACAGAGGAUAUCCAUACAUUGGCCCACUUUGGACUUAAUAGAACAUUGGCGAUGAGAAGGCGAUCCAACAAUGUUUGAAAGAUGUAAGGUCACAUACCGCACAUCAUCUACACCAAGGAAACAGUGCAUGUUGUCCACAUGUUGUUCCAAAGAGUGAUGUGAGAACAACGCGCACAUCAUCUACACCAAGGAAACAGUGCAUGUUGUCCACAUGUUGUUCCAAAGAGUGAUGUGAGAACAACACGUACAUCAUCUACACCAAGGAAACAGUGCAUGUUGUCCACAUGUUGUUCCAAAGAGUGAUGUGAGAACAACACGUACAUCAUCUACACCAAGCAAACAGUGCAUGUUGACCACGUGCUGUUCCAAAGAGUGAUGUGAGAACAACACGUACAUCAACUACACCAAGGAAACAGUGCAUGUUGUCCACGUGUUGUUCCAAAGAGUGAUGUGAGAACAACGCGCACAUCAACUACACCAAGGAAACAGUGCAUGUUGUCCACAUGUUGUUCCAAAGAGUGAUGUGAGAACAACACGUACAUCAUCUACACCAAGGAAACAGUGCAUGUUGUCCACGUGUUGUUCCAAAGAGUGAUGUGAGAACAACGCGCAUAUCAUCUACACCAAGGAAACAGUGCAUCUUGUCCACAUGUUGUUCCAAAGAGUGAUGUGAGAACAACGCGCAUUUCAUCUACACCAAGGAAACAGUGCAUGUUGUCCACGUGUUGUUCCAAAGAGUGAUGUGAGAACAACACGUACAUCAUCUACACCAAGGAAACAGUGCAUGUUGUCCACAUGUUGUUCCAAAGAGUGAUGUGAGAACAACGCGCAUAUCAUCUACACCCAGGAAACAGUGCAUGUUGUCCACAUGUUGCUCCAAAGAGUGAUGUGAGAACAACACGUACAUCAUCUACACCAAGGAAACAGUGCAUGUUGUCCACAUGUUGUUCCAAAGAGUGAUGUGAGAACAACACGUACAUCAUCUACACCAAGGAAACAGUGCAUGUUGUCCAAAUGUUGUUCCAAAGAGUGAUGUGAGAACAACGCGCAUAUCAUCUACACCCAGGAAACAGUGCAUGUUGUCCACGUGUUGCUCCAAAGAGUGAUGUGAGAACAACGCGCACAUCAUCUACACCAAGCAAACAGUGCAUGUUGUCCACGUGUUGUUCCAAAGAGUGAUGUGAGAACAACGCGCACAUCAUCUACACCAAGCAAACAGUGCAUGUUGUCCACAUGUUGUUCCAAAGAGUGAUGUGAGAACAACACGUACAUCAUCUACACCAAGGAAACAGUGCAUGUUGUCCACAUGUUGUUCCAAAGAGUGAUGUGAGAACAACGCGCACAUCAUCUACACCAAGCAAACAGUGCAUGUUGUCCACGUGUUGUUCCAAAGAGUGAUGUGAGAACAACACGUACAUCAUCUACACCAAGCAAACAGUGCAUGUUGUCCACAUGUUGUUCCAAAGAGUGAUGUGAGAACAACACGUACAUCAUCUACACCAAGCAAACAGUGCAUGUUGACCACGUGCUGUUCCAAAGAGUGAUGUGAGAACAACACGUACAUCAACUACACCAAGGAAACAGUGCAUGUUGUCCACGUGUUGUUCCAAAGAGUGAUGUGAGAACAACGCGCACAUCAACUACACCAAGGAAACAGUGCAUGUUGUCCACAUGUUGUUCCAAAGAGUGAUGUGAGAACAACACGUACAUCAACUACACCAAGGAAACAGUGCAUGUUGUCCACGUGUUGUUCCAAAGAGUGAUGUGAGAACAACACGCACAUCAUCUACACCAAGGAAACAGUGCAUGUUGUCCACGUGUUGUUCCAAAGAGUGAUGUGAGAACAACACGCACAUCAUCUACACCAAGGAAACAGUGCAUGUUGUCCACGUGUUGUUCCAAAGAGUGAUGUGAGAACAACACGUACACCAUCUACACCAAGCAAACAGUGCACGUUGUCCACAUGUUGUUCCAAAGAGUGAUGUGAGAACAACGCGCAUAUCAUCUACACCCAGGAAACAGUGCAUGUUGUCCACAUGUUGUUCCAAAGAGUGAUGUGAGAACAACGCGCACAUCAACUACACCAAGGAAACAGUGCAUGUUGUCCACAUGUUGUUCCAAAGAGUGAUGUGAGAACAACACGUACAUCAACUACACCAAGGAAACAGUGGAGUGUGACUUUGUCCUCUACGUACACGUGUACUGCUGCUGGUGAGGAGUACAUUUACACAUUCAAGAAUUACCUUUCCCCUUUUUAGCAGUGAUUUCGUAUGAUUAUGGAAAGUGUUAAAAAUUCUUUCAUUUACUAAGUUUGUUUCCUUUAUUAAUAUUCACUCAGCUACUACUACAUCUGCACAGGUAGACUAAGGCUUAGUCUCUGAAAAUAUAUCAUUUUCCAAGAAACAAACAACUUCUUUUUAGGAAGAUUAUUUAUGGAUGUCAACUUCUUUUUUAUGAGGAACACAACUUUUCGAAGUAUAAACUUACUCCUUCAUCAAAUGAAUACAUGCUAUGAGGCAGAGAGCAAAUAUGUACAUGUAAGAACAACAAAAGUAAUGAGAUAAGAAAGGUGGAAGAAGGGAAGCCAACAGUUAAUUGGCACUGACAUUUAAGUUGAAUUAAAAUUAAAAAUGAGCCCCCAAAGAACCUGUCGAAAAUCUAGACUGUUCAUGUAGUCCUAUUGCCUUAAAGUGAAGGCUUGGCGGAAGGUAAAUGAUAUGAUCCAGGGACGGUGAGCUAAACAACUGCAAAUCGUACAUUUUGUUAGUUUUGAUUACCUAUACAUGGUUGCACACGGACAAUGGCCCAGUUUUCACAUACGAGUUUACAUGUAUCAAUCUGUUCAGGGACUGCCUUCUAGUUGGCAACAUGUUUGACCAAUAUAUGUUAAAAUCUCCAUUUAGCACGAGGAAGAAAUAAAUCCUGUUGAAUAACAACCUUGAUGUGUUGUAUGUACUGGGACCAGUCUCGGAGCUAUCUACAGCUGAUCUGCAUGCAUAUAGGCAACCUACUUCCUUGGUUGGCGAUCACCAAAUCCAAUAUGACCUCAAGGUCGCCAGUCAUCUUCUCGGAUACGACACAUUUCGGUGUAGACAACACGACAGCGGAAGUGACGUCAUCAUUAAACAUCAGCGAUGAGGAGAAGAACCGUUAUCUAUCCCACCUUGACGACUCGAUGUUUCCCUUGAGGAUACCAGCCGUAGUAUAUCUUGCCAUCCUAAUGGUUCUGGGUAUUUUCGGAAACAUUCUUGUGCUGAUCGUGUACCUUAAGAAAUUCAAACCAAGCCCGACCCGUGUGUUUGUUGUGUGUCUGGCUAUGUUUGACCUCAUGACUUGUAUCAUUUCAAUUCCAGGGGAGAUCCUGGACAUGAGGUACAGUCACACGUUCGACUACCCAGCCGUUUGUAAAAUGAUACGUUUCAACAACACAUUCUCCGUGGUGUCCUCAGCAUUCACGCUCAUAGCUGUUGCUAUAGAGAGAUACAGGAAGAUAUGUCGGCCUUUGAACAAACAGAUCACCAUCAGAGUCGCGCGGAUCAUGGUAGGGAUCGCUGUGUCUGUAUCACUAGUCCUCACCAUCCCGACAGUUAUAGUCAACGGUAGGAAAACGGUCAAAACAGACAAAGAGGAAAUAACAGGCUUCGAGUGUUCCUUUGACGACGGGUGGCGCGAUACUCAGUUCCCCGUUGUUUUUAUUGGAGUCCUAUUCCUCAUCUUCUUCGGUUCUCUGAGUGUCCUGGUGGUUAUGUACAUCUUCAUUGGCAGGACUGUGUUUAAUCACCGGAGAUUUAAAUUCCGUCCGGCAAAGGAUAAGGAACGCCACUCUUCGAAUAACACAACCGAGACGUCAUUUAAAGAUGGAACUGAGAAUGGGAUCGCAUUCCGUAACAUAUCGUCACCCACAGCUACUUGCAAUGUUUCCAAUUCAAACAAUGGGACGCUUGGUUUUGACGGUUCGUCUGAGACAAGUUGUACAUGUAUGAAUGACACCUCAGCACAACCCAAGACGCGUAAAGAAGACAAAUCCUCGAAUAGUGUGAGAUCCAUAAGAAAAAAUGCUGCAAAACCAAAAGAAAAAUCAAGGCCCAGAGCGUUCAAGACAACGCUUAUGUUGUUCAUCAUCACAGUGGUGUUCAUCAUCAGUUUUUUACCUUAUCUGAUCCUGAUGAUAACUCGAUUUAUCAAAUCCGACUUUCUGGACUCUUUACAAGGAGCAGGAUUCAUGGUGUAUAAUGUAUUCCUACGCUCAUAUUUCAUACAGAGUGCAGUUAACUGCAUUGUGUACAGUUUCUGCAAUGAAAGAUUCAGAAAUGAGUGGAGGAAACUACUCGUUUCUUGUUAUCGUUGAGGGAAAGCAGCUGAUAUGUAAGACACGGGAGGAAAGUUUGGAACAUAAAUAGAACACUUUGUCAUGUGAUGGACGCACAACAAACAUGUUCAAUCACCGGUUAAAUGUUUUGCUGUUCAUUCCAUGCGUUACGGAACGAUGACACUUUGAUGAAUAAAUCGAAUAAUUUGUUGAUAAUCACAACUUGACGGGUGGAUGCCGCUAUACAACGAUCAAUGAAGAGAGACGUGACUAAUUGUGACGUUAUACAUUUAUGAUAUAUGUAACACCGUCAAGAAGCAACAAGGCGACGACUUCAGAACCUGCAAAGUUGUCUUCCCUGGACCACCUGAGACUGAGAGAUUGUAUGCACUAGAUGGGACCACGACAGGAACUGCUAUGCCUUGUACUGCGACAUCCCCAUAAAGCCCUAUGCUAUCUAUUUUAUUUAUCUGUUAUCACCUGCUACAUCCGCAGUUGAUAUAUUAAUGACUUUUAAGGCAUACAGCGGCCUGAAUUAAUCUUCAGUAAUCUCGACUACCCACAUGUGCAGUGAUGCUAUCUCUAUAUUAUACAUAUAUCUCUAUAUUAUACAUUUAUCUCUAUAUUAUACAUAUAUAUAUGACCCUUGGUGCACUUUGUUACAUAUAUCACAUGUAAAAUAAGCAUUGCUGAAACACAUGGACUACUAGUAACCAACUGUUCUUCAUAUGCUGAUAUUAACACAAGUUGCAGUGGGAUCGAAACGAUGACUGGAAGGAUAGGCUGUUUAGAUGUAUGUAUGUGGAAGACAGCACGGAUUGUAACAUUGUACCACUAGUUUACCAUUAUAACAAAGUAACAUCAGUUUACCACGAAUCUGAUUCUAAUAAAUGUUAUUCAUCAUCAUGCCAACAUAUCAGAUUCAACUCAUGUCAGAACUCAACAGAUGUCACUGUAUUCCAAGCAUCACUUUAUACAUACACGUAGAAAAGGAUGUUUUGCUAUUUAUCUCAAAUAACAUGUUAAUCACACCCAGAAACCGCAAUAAAUAUUCAAAAUCGAUAUCUUCAGGAUCACGAGUAGCACAGUUACAAGUAAAUUUGUAAACGUAAGGUCGAGUCUCCCACUCAUUGGUCGCUCGACCUAAUGUCUUCCAGUAACGACUCCUCGUAAAUGCAACAUAUAUAUAGUGAUGUCAUGACUAUUUUAUGCACGGAUAAGUUGUUAUGGAUAAGUUGCAAAAGUUUCAGUCGAGUUAUAUACGUGCAUGUCAAUAUUUUACUGUCUUUUGAUGUUAAGGUGAUCUAAUUCUUGUGAUUUUCAAAUUGCAACAUUUUUAGACAUAUUUCUGCUUCACAAUGAUAUCAGGAAAUAAAUAAAAUCUCACUC